AUUGACAUUACAAAAUAAAAUACAAUAACGUUUGAAAUGCUCUUAAUCGUGGUUAUACAAAAUGAAAAUAAAAAAUAAAAAAUUGAACCAUGUGCAAGGCGGAUAGUAAAUAGUAAAAAGUAAAAAGUAGUACAUAUAAAUAAGGGCGGUGUUGGUUGGUAGGCACAGCAAAUCCGUAGUCGUUUGGGAAGGUGGCCUGUUGUUAUCCCUGCAACCCUCAAAUCUCAAUGUGAGAGACGGAGAGUUUUUUAAUUUUUUUUAUUUGAAAAAAAAAAAAAAAAUGGCAACAAACGAUGUGGAUGAUGACGAAGGACCCCCGCCAGGUUAUCAAUCCAUCCCUCCUCCACCCCCGGCGGCACCACAACCUCCUCCGCCGCAGCCUCAGCCUCAGCCGCAGCCGCAGCCUCAGCCGCUGCCACAGCCUCAGCCGCUGCCACAGCCUCAGCCGCAGCCGCUGCCGCCGCCACAGCUACAGCCACAGCCACAGCCGCUGCCACAGCUACAGCCACAGCCGCAGCCAACAUUGCCAACCUUUACAGUAACACCACCGCCAGUUUCCGAAAUAGCUCAAAUGGUUUGUGGUGCUUGCCGCCGCCUGCUUAAGUAUCCCCGUGGGGCUAGGAAUGUUCAGUGUUCAUGCUGUCAGACAGUCAAUUUUGUGCUGGAAGCUUAUGAGAUUGGGCAAGUGAAGUGUGGUAGCUGUGCAGUAUUGCUGAUGUACCAAUAUGGAGCAUCAUCAGUUAGAUGUUCUUCAUGUUGUUUUGUGACUGAAAUAGGAGCACACAACAGGCGCCCUCCAUGGUCUGUACAACAGGGACAACCACCUCUUCAUCCCAUUUCUUUUCAUUAGACUACAUGUUUUAGGUACAUGAUCCAUGGAUAUUAGUCCUGUAACAUUAACCAUUUUAGUUUUCUUUAUAAUCCUCAACUAUGCAAAUCAGAGUGACAAAAGAAGAGUAUUCUUAACACCAAUUUACAGAAAUAACGUCUCUGGACGUGGCUGUGCAUACUAAUGUACAUAAAAGUUUAUGCUUACAACCUAGUUAAUUUUAUGUUCUUUCAAAUA